CAACAAUCACAGGGAAAUACAAUUGAUUUCCCUCCCUACGUCUAGUCCUACACUUUGCAGCAUACACUUUGUUCUAGUCCUACACUUUGCAGCAUACACUUUGUUCUCCCGAUUCACUUCUUCUCUACCCUACCUUUCCUUAACUAUAAAGGCGAAGUUCCAUAACUAUCCAGGCGAAGUUCCAUAACUCUCCAGGCGAAGUUCCAUAACUCUCCAGGCGAAGUUCCACUCGACAGUUCCAGCAUACCCCUUCCACGAGCCAACAACUCACAGACGAAUAAAGAAGACCACGCAAAUCCGACCUGCUAAACUUGUGUGAGGAUAGUGAACGAAGCAUUCUCGAUUGCUGCCUCCAUUCCUACUUGCUGCACCUCGCCGAGCUUCCUUAGAAAUAUCCGGUGUAUCUCUCUUUGGGGAGUACACAGCUUUCGGAACAGGAAAGAGAAAGAAAUACAAAGGGAGUUUCGAGAGUUUGCUCGAAAUUUCGUCUUAGUGAUCGAUGGCAGAGGCAUACGAACCAUACGACACGGGUGUGCAUAAUCACUUCCCAGGUCAUCAGGAUUACACUCCUGACACAACCAUUCGCAAAGGCAUAUUUCCUUUCCUCCAGCUCCCUGCCGAGUUGCGUCUCCAAGUCUACAAUGACUUGAUCCCCAAUGGCUUCGACAUCAGCUACGAUCGCAUGAUUGAACUACCCGUUUUACUCCGCCGUGAGGACGGAGCUCACUUCAGGCUUAAAGGCGGUUGCUUCCCAUACAUCUGUACCGAGCUCUUCCUCGUGAAUAGGCAGUUAUGCAACGAAGCCCGAGCGAUCCUCUACGGCCAGAAUACGUACAUCUUUCAAUUAUACGGUGGCGGAGACAUGACAUAUCACUUACAAUCUAUUCAGCCCAAUUUCGGCGUGCUCUAUGAAAAUACCCACCUUGUCCGCCAUGUCCGUUCCAUCUCAAUCAUCAUUGACUUGGGCCGAAACGACUACUGGGCCAUGAGGCGUGUACGGAGCCGUCUAGGCCAUAUCAUCAGGACCAUCAAAUUGCAUGCUGUCGACACUGCCCGGCGCUCCCUGCUUAAGAAACUGCACGUCGAGUUCUCAAUAGAUUGCGAAGCCCUACCAAUGCAUGCCUUGUUGGAGGGACCAAGUGCCAACUGUCACGUUUUUCAUUGUUACAAUUUUCGGCACCGCCAAGAAUACCGGUUUGUCGCCCUCGAAACAUUGCGCAGACUUCUGUUCGGACUGGAGAACCUGUUGGAUCUACCAACUGUAAGGGAAGUCCAUGUCGAGGGGGAGGAUUGGGCUAUCCCCGCAUGGUUUGCCAGAUGCCUGGAACUCUGCAUCUCUAGUGGCGAUGGCAACCGUCCACGCCUAAUGGACUAUCCAAAACGCGAAGUGAGGAGAAAGGCCACCAAACAGACGGGUCCCAUCAGGAAGGGACAGUACAUGAUCACGACGCAGACGACGAAGCAGUGGUUCGAACCGCGCUACGACUGGAAGGAAUACGCUGAGAGGAACGGGAUCGAGAUUGACGAACAGGAAUUGGAGAUAUCGAGGUUGCAGCGCAAGGCGUAGAUACUGCGCAUGGAUAUCAUCCAGUGUGUGUGUGUGUGUGUGUGUGUGUGUGUGCUUGUGUGUUCUUUCUGGAGGAGUGAAACGAUGGCAGAUAUCAGGCUUUCA